AUGACGGCCGAGACAAACAAAGGACCCGUUCUGGGAAUGCGGCAUGUCCAGGCGCUACUGAUCUUCCUUAACAUAACCACCGUAUUCAUAGGCCGCCUAAAUGUGGGUGUUUCUGUGGUGGCAAUGACCAAUGCGGAAACUACGAACCCGGACUUUCCGGAAUACGACUGGACGGAGGCGGAGAAGUCGUACAUUCUCUCCAGUUUCUUUUGGGGCUACAUCCUAACCCAAUUUCUUGGAGGUUAUCUCUGCAAGCGCUUUGGAGUCAAGAGUGUAAUGUUUUGGGGUGUCUUUGGAUCUGGUGUCUGCAGUGCUUUGACGCCACUCUUCAUCGAAUUUGGAGAAUGGCAGGCCUACUGUGGAAUUCGAGUGCUAAUGGGAUUGGCCCAGGGAGUGGUAUUCCCCUGCAUUCAUCAGCACCUGGCUAAAUGGUCACCUCCGGAGGAAAGAAAUCGGUUGGGAGCUCUGAGUCACACUGGAAUCGAGUGCGGCAAUGUGAGUGCCAUGUUCCUGAGCGGAAUGAUAGCCAAGAGCUCCCUGGGAUGGCCCGGAAUCUCAUAUGUCUCGGCUGGAGUGGCCUUCUUCUGGUGUGCAUUAUGGUUCGUCUUCGCUGCCAACCAUCCCACGGAAUCUCGUUUCAUAGGAGAGAACGAACUGCUCUAUAUUGAGUCGUCUCUAAAGCACAAUGAGUCAUACCACGCUACCAUCAUCCCCAUUCCCUGGAAGGCAAUUUGGACGUCAGCACCAUUCCUGGCCCUGCUCAUAGUACGAUGCUGUGAGAACUGGGGACUGAGCACUCUGCAGGCCGAGAUUCCAUCCUACAUGAACGGAGUCCUCGACAUGGACAUGAAGAGCAAUGCGUUCUUCUCGGCGCUCCCAUUCUUGGCCAUGUGGUGCAUGUCGUAUAUUUACCUUAUCGUAGCCGAUGUGCUCUUGGGCAAGAACUCGGUUUCCUUGACGGUUUUGAGGAAGACCUACAACUCCAUUGCCUUCUGGAUACCUGCAGCCACUUUGGUGGGCAUUGGCUUCCUGGACAAGGAUCAAAAGAACUUCGCAAUUGCUCUGAUGACCAUCAGUGUGGGAGUGAAUAGUGCUCAAACCAUUGGCAGUGUUCUAAACACAAUUGAUCUGUCGAAAAAUCACGCUAGCAUUCUCAUGGGAAUUGUUAAUACAGCUGCGAAUUUUGUGCCCAUAGCCACUCCUUUAGUGGUUGGAUGGAUUGUAGAGGAAAAUUCUGAUCGCUCCCAAUGGCAGAUCGUGUUCAUCAUUGCCUCCGUCAUCUUCUUUGUGGGCAACUGCAUUUACUUGGUGUUUGGCACGGCCGUAACUCAGCCCUGGGAUGCCGAGGACUAUCUCCAGACACAGAACCCGGAACUUGCCAAUGGACCACCUAUGCAGGCGUUAUCCUUUCCAAUUGACGAAAAUUCCAAAGAGAAAAUGAAUAGUAAAAGCCAAUAA